UCUACUAAAGGAAAAUGAAGAUAUGUGCAUUCUUCAGGAAUAUGUUUACCGAUUUAGAAAUAAAUGUUUGAUGAUUUUCUGGGUUUUUUUCAACAGUCCAUGAUGUAGUUAAUAUAAAAUGAAUAUAAAUACUACUUCUAUAAUACGAAUUCACAAUAGUGCGCCAGAAAAAGUGAAAUGACAUUCAUAAAAUCAGGGUAUUACACUUUGUUGACGAAAUAUACAACAACAACCUUAAGAAAACAUGAAAUAUAAAUAAGGUACGAAAGGUUUGGCAUAAUGUAUAUAGCAUUAGUAACACAAUGUCAAAACUAUCGGUCUUAGUAAGUUAGCUUUACAGGUCCUUAAUGAUGGUAACACAACUGGUUAAAAUGGUGACUGAGGCACCAGAGCUUAAGAAUUAGAUGUCAGUUCAUCUGGGCAGACUCCACUCUUCUGAAUUUCUUUUUGUGAUAAUCACAAAUGAAGCAGCUUGUCUCAGUGCUUAAUACCUUAGCUCCCAUAAUCACUUUUUCUUUAACUAGAAUGCGUAACGACAAACCUGUCAGGUUUCAGAACAUAUAACUACUUCUUGUCGUACUAUUUGACCUAGAUAAGCAUCUUACAUCGCUGGGGAAGUUUCAUGGAGGCAUCUAUCACUAGGUGUACAAUAAGUUCACCCAACUUUUGUUUUUACUUUUAAGUAUGUGAUAACUUUUACAGUCUGAAUUAAAUAGGAUCAGUUAUCCAUUUUUCUUCUAAUCUAAACUGUUAUUCAUUCUGAUUUUCUAAUUAUUGCAGAUGUCUGAAGAUGUUGUUGAAAAUUUAAAGACAACAGUUGUAAAACCUAUAGUCUAUGGAAAUGUUUCACGUUAUCUGGGCAAAAAGCGUGAGGAAGAUGGACGAACUCAUCAAUGGACUGCGUUUUUGCGACCGUAUAAUACUAGCGAAGACCUGUCGACAUUUAUAAGAAAAGUCCAGUUUAAAUUACAUGAAAGUUAUUCAAAUCCCAUACGAAUUGUUAACAAACCACCGUUUGAAUUGACGGAAACUGGUUGGGGAGAGUUUGACAUUACAAUGAAAGUCAUAUUCACUGAUCCUAAUGAAAAGCCCCUGAUAAUAACUCAUCUCAUUAAGUUGUUUCAUUGUGACCAUGAAAUAAUGAUGGGUCAUAAAAGCUUAGUCCGAGAGAUCUACGACGAAAUGGUUUUCGUUGAUCCUUCUCCAUCCUUUUAUCGGGCGUUGAUGAGCAGAUCUCAAAUUCCUCCAAGCGUACCAACAAUUGCACACGAAACUGAUUUUAAAGAAACAAAGCGCCAAGCAUUGUGUUCUAUACAAGAACUAAACAGAAAAGUUACUGAGGCAAUUGAAGUUUAUAAAAGGCAGCUAAUCUCGAGGAAAGGAAUUAUUGAAGAAGUGAAGUCGAUCGUAAAUGAAGUAGAUUCUGCAACUGUUGGAACCAUAUUGCAGUAA